AUGUCCCGAACAACCGUUCCCUGUGCGCACCAAGCCCACGAUAAUCUCAACAGAAAGCGGCUGGUUAUCUGCUGCGAUGGAACCUGGAAUAACUCAAACGACACCGACAGCCCGGCCACAAAUGUGAGCCGUUUGGCCGGCGCAGUCGCCCACAAGUGCUGCAGCGGCAUGCCGCAGGUCAUCUACUACCACCCCGGCGCUGGCACCGAGUCGUCCUGGGUGGCCAAGAAGCUCGGCGGUCUCCUCGGCCUUGGCGUCGUCCAGGACAUUGCCGAGACAUAUCGCUUCAUCUGCGACAACUACAACCCCGGCGACGAGAUUAUCCUCAUCGGCUUCUCGCGCGGUGCCUUCACCGCGCGCUCCGUGGCAGACAUGAUUUGCAACCUGGGGUUUCUGAACCGUGCUGGCCUCGACCAUCUCGGCGACAUCUUCCACGACUACUCCACGUGGGAGGAGUGGGCGGAUGAGAAGAAGUUUGACCCGUCGAAGCACCUUGUCGGCUUCUGCAUCGAGAACUAUGAUCAAGUGCAACGGAGGAACAUUGCGUGGAAGAGCCAAAAUGCUGCCAACCUGACCACGGACACGUCUGUACAAGGCGAGCCCCCCGGCUCCAUGAAGCAACGGCCCAAGGAGGCCAAAUCGUUCCAGGAGAGCAUGCUCUCGAGUGGCGGUGCCAAGACGGCGCCCGAAUACGCCAAAGACCUUGAGGACAAGAUGUACGAUGGGCUCCUGAAGCAGAAGAAGAUUCUUUGGGAGAAAAUCAGAGCAGCCAAGACCCGGGCCGAGAUCUCGGCGCUCUACCGUCAAGAGCUUUUCGAUCACAGACUGGCCUUGACGGAAAAGGCCAAGAACGGGGAUUCGGGCUUCAGCUACGUGCCCUGCCCGGCCAAGGUCAAGGCUGUCGGCGUAUGGGACACGGUCGGCAGCCUCGGAGUACCCAAGGGUCCUUGGCGCGCCGUUACCGGCGGCCGCAGCGACGACGAGAUUCGGUUCGCGAGUCUCGAGAUGCACCCCAACGUCCAGCACGCCUUCCAUGCGCUGGCCCUUGACGAGUACCGCUCGGCCUUUGGCCCGACGCUCUGGGAGCUCGGCGCUGAGAACACGACGACGGUGCUGCGCCAGGUCUGGUUCGCGGGCAACCACGGCGACGUUGGUGGCGGAUGGGAGGACGAGCAGAGCGCCAACAUAGCGCUCGCCUGGAUGGCCGACCAGCUGUCGUCCGUUGGUGUUGAGUUCAGCAGGCCCGAGAUGCAGCGCGUCUUCUACGACGUACGCGCCUCGGCCGUUCCCCAAGCCUGGGACAUGGCCCAGAUCCACGACCCGCCACCCAAGACGGCCGCUCUCGACGUGGCCGUCAGCAGUGCUACUUUCAAUGAUCCCACGCCCCGGAAGCCGGGCCUGUACUACCGUGACGCGACUGUUGACAAGAGCGGCAACGUGUUCACCAAGUUUGGCCGCACCGUCAAGGGCUGGGUCGGCAUGGGACCGGACCGCGUCAAGCUGUCGACGACGGAAGAGCUGGUCCACCCGUCCGUGAGGCUUCGUUACCAAUACAAGGGUUCAGCUCCGAAGGGAGAAGAGGGCCCAUAUCGAUGCCGGGCUCUCAUUCAAAACGGGUACCGGCUCAAAGAGAUUCCCACACCGAAGCCCAGGAAGGCCCCGUCCAUUGAAUCCCCGGAACCCGUCUAUAAGGCUGUCAGCGGCAACGUCGCGGCGUUCCGCAACGAUAGCGACCUCGGUGACAAGUCCUUGGCCGAUGUCCCGGGGACCACUCCGCUGGUGCGCGUCCAGCAGCCGCACGAGGAGUGUGACGUCGUGACCCUGCCACCCGCGCAACGCGGCUGGAUGUGGGUGCGCCCAGCGCAAGGCAAGGAUGAAGCCGAAGUCAAGCUGUACGAGGAGCAGAUCGGCCUCUGGGAAAGACUGCACAUGAAGGUGCAAGAGGAGCUGGUGGACUGGAAGCCGCUGUACGAGGCGAGACAGGCCAAACUGAAAGCGGCCGAGGACGCGAAGCAGUGGGCGGCCGUCCGAGUCGCCGGCACAGCAGCCUCGGGCGUCGGAAACUUGCUGGCAGCGCCGUUUGGGGCCAUCAGGAGGUGGCGCACCAGCAACCCUGAUGCCGAGGCGGCUGUCGCCCAGACCAUUCUGUACAACGCUGUGUGGGGAUAUCACGACCUGAUCGUUUGGCUGAAGGGUGAUGUUCGAAAGCUGUUUCCAUGA